AGUCAUGAAACCGUAAAAAAAAAACAACACUUGAAAGGCCAGGUUGUCAUGACGAUGCAUCGCACCCAAACACAUGACGACGCCUAACUUAUGACACUCGUUUCCAAAGUAAACUAGAACUCCUCGUCUCCUGAAGUAACAUCAUCAGGCAUUUCGUCCUGGUCGUCCGGAUAUGUCUGGGGGCGGAGUAGACAGCACCGAGGGGGAGUUUUACCUCAGCUUGACCGGCUCGAUCGAGUCCGCGGAUUUUUACGAGGUCGGCAACGCCUACUGCAAAUACGCAUAUCAGUUUGGCCCAGAGUGGAGUGUACUCGCGGGCAUCGAGGAAGGUCUCACACAAAUGAGCAAAUGCAGCGGGGAUGCCCGCCGACUAGCAGUCUGGAAUUUCCCGCUUGACGUGGCAUUUAAAAGUACAAGUCCAUUCGGCUGGCCACAAUUGCUGCUUUCGAUUUACGGACUGGAUACUUUCGGACACGACGUCGUCCAGGGGUACGGUGUUUGCAGACUCCCAUUAAUUACGGGCAGGCACGAAAAACGAAUAGCGGUUUACGCACCCGAGUCGGGCUCACUGGUGCAACAGUUUGCUGGAUGGUUCAGUGGACGCAGGCCCGAGCUAGUCGACGUUGGUAUACUCGCCGCUGGCGAUGGUAGAGAGCUCACGAGAAUGAGCGUUCAAGGAUUCGUCAGCGUUUCAUUCAACGUCGUACUAAAGGACUUCUUCCAGCUCGGAUACGACAACGGCGAACGUUUCCGAUAA